AGCGCUUGCGGCUCGAGCAAGAGCAGGAUGUUGUGGCUGGUGCUCGCGGUGGUAGCUUUGGGCUAUGCCGCCCCGCAGCUGAAUUUCUUGGUGGCCAAACCGGCUUUGCGCGGCGCAGGCAUUCCGCUGCAUGGAACCUCCAGUUCCAGAGAAUCCACCAGAGGCACUCAUCUCAAUGUUGCAUUCGGUGGCAUGGCUUUAGCAACUUUGGGUGUGGUGGCCACCCGGCGGCAGCAACGUCUUGGCACUGCUAUGCGAGCAGUGACCGAAGUGGCACAGGUGAAACUAUCCAAGAUCAUUGGCGGAAAAGCCACUCCAGCUCCCCCAGUGGGUCCCGCCAUUGGCGCCUUCGGUCUCAACAUUGCUUUCUUCGUGAAGGAAUACAAUGCCCUGACAGCGGACAAGGUUGGCGAGGCCUGUCCUUGCAUUGUCCAUGUGAUGAGUGACAAGAGCUUCAAGAUUGAGCUGAAAACUCCAUUGACCGCAACGCUGUUGCACAAGGCAGUGGGGGCAUCCAAAGGCUCUGGUAAAGCAGGCACUGACAUAAUUGGCACCAUCACCGUGGAGAAAUUGGAAGAAAUUGCCAAGAUCAAGUUGGCAGACUUAAACUGCGAUGACAUUAGCCGCGCCAUGAAAAUCGUCCAUGGCACCGCAGUGGCGUCUGGGAUCAAAGUGGAAGGCUACGAAGAGUGGCUGGCGACAUCCGUCCCCAAGCCCAAGUCCAUCAUGGACAGAUACGGACCAGGAGUUUCUAGGUUGCCUGCUCCAUGGGGUGAGGGCCCGCCUCUUGAGGGGGCAGAUGAGGCCGAAGCUCCUGAGCCUGAACCGGCUGAAGCCUAGACUUGAACACACCAGACUCCAAGAAAAGA